AUGAUUUCUCCCGCCAUCAAGGGCCCCUUGAUGGGCUGCUGGCUGCUGGCCAGUUUGGCUUUCGGCUUGCCUGAUUAUUCGGACAAUUACUCCAGUUCUUCCGUCAACGCCCAACCCGGUACGCCCUCCAGCUCCGUGGCAGAUGUCUGCAAGGCCGAGUCGACCAAAACUGUUUUCAUCACCCUGAGUUCGGUCAGCAAGCAAUCAACCGCAUCGUUUCCUGACGUAGCCAGCGUCGGAACAACUACCAUUAUUGUGUCUCCUGUUCAAUCACACGCCAAGACUGAUGCUACCGUUGAUGCCAUGACAACUGACUCUGCUCCGGCCUAUGCCUCCACGUCGGACGCCUCAAACGAUUCGAAGACUGGUAAUCCUAUGUCUGAGGUCUCGUCGACGGUUGAGGAGACUUCCACGGUUUCCCGUACAAUCAAAGCUACCCACACUAUUACUCUCACUGUUGCAUCUGCCAGCAAAGGCCCUGUUUCCACUGAAAGCGGAGCUGAAUCAGACGUCAAAGGCACCGGGGUCACUUCGUCUGUAACCGGUUUGCCCUCAAAUGUUGCAACUUGUAUCACGCAUACUGUUGUUGGCCCAGAUGGGCGGCCUACCGUUGUUGAGUCAAUUAUCAUCACAGAGCCAGCCGGGACGUCUGCAUCUAGAGUUCUGGGAACUGCAGCUCCAGCCAAUUCAGCAUCGGCCACUGCACCUGGCAUCCCUGUCUCCUCUGGCGGAACCAGCAUAACUUCAGGUCUGCCCAUUCACACCAGUUUCACUGCUAUUGGUCCUGAUGGCUCCUCAACCAUCAUUGACACGACCUGGAUCAUUCCCGUUCCUCAAACUUCAGCCAUGUCUGGCCUUAACCCUCUUCCCUCGGGAGUCAUCUCUUCGGGGAGAAUUUUCUCCGGCCUUCCUUCAAAUCCUGUCUCCGAGGCUACCACUGAGAGCCCUAUGACUUCUGUCAUGGGCAGUUCAACCUGUACUACCCUCACGGUCGUGGGCCCGGACAUGCGUCCAACUGUCACGGAGCUGACAAUUAUCGCCCCAACGGGUGCUCCUUCUACCACCCUCUUCACUGUGGCGCCUCCUUCCUUUGUGCCACCAGCUUCAAUCACAAACCUUGCCAGUCAGCCACCUACUACGAGCAACAGCGUGGUGACUACUAUUACGUGGACGGUCAUCGGUGCCGAUGGCACUGCUUCGCCCAUCAUUCAGACUAUCACUGCUCCUUCAGGUUCGAUCAUUUCUGGGAUUCCCACCUCACUUCCCGCAGCUGUAACUGCCAACCUGCCUCAACCUGCUGGAACAUGGUCUUCGGGCAAUGCGCCGAUGCUCACACCCUACAGCACUGCUAGCUCAACUGGCAAUAUCCUACCAAGCGCUGGUUCUAUUGUUUCCGGUCUGGGUCAAAUACCUACUUUUGUCCCCGCCCCUUUUGAGUCAGGGAUGUCUUCUGUUAUCACAGAGGAGCCACCAGCAUACACACUUGACACUGGUUUGCCUCCUUCUUCCCAUCAAAACACUGUUGGUGCUUCUCCAAUUCAGUAUGGGGGAAGCUCAUCGGACAAGAAUUGGAUUUCAUCUAUCCUCUAUGGCACUUUUCCAGCUCCCACACCUGCGUUCCCCCCAUUCUCCGAAACUCCAACUCCUGGAGCUCCGUUGCCCGGAACACCUGAGCCUGUUCCAGAGCCUACACCUGCACCUGCGCCUGCACCUGCGCCUGAGCCUGAGCCGGUGCCUACACCGGAGCCUGCACCAGAGCCAUUACCAGCUCCCAUCGCACCAGCCACUCCAGAGGCAGUGACAACGCUUGUGACAAGUACCUGGACCAACAUUAUUCCUGAGUCGACCACAACCUAUGUCAUCAAGUUUCCAUUGACUACAAUGGCUACUGUCACGGUUCCGCACUCUGUUUCCCUUCUCCAACUCAAGCACCACCACCCCAUCCCCGUUUACGGAAAAUACGUCCUUGAUCUCAAGUGUUUCGUCACAGUUGGUGACUCCAAUUACAACUCCACUGCCACCAACAAACACUAUUCCUACAAGCGCUAUUUCAACAAGCACAAUUCCCGUUACUCCAAUCAACACCCCGGUAGCUACUCCUGUGGAACCAUCUCCAGCCGUUUGUACUUCCGGAGGAGAUAA